GUUUAACAAGCUACUUUUUUUCCUCAUCCUAGGGUUUUAGCACCCCUCUCUCUCUCUCUCUCUCUUUGGAAAAACAGCCAUGAGGAAGCUGAAGUUUCACGAGAAGAAGCUGUUGAAGAAAGUGAACUUCUUGGAUUGGAAGAGAGAAGGAGGUCACAGAGAAGCCCAGGUUCUGCAACGUUACCAUGUCACCGGUCGCGACGAUUAUAAAAAAUAUUCGGGUUUAUGCCGGAUGGUGCAGAAGCUGGUGAACAUAUUGAAGCAGAUGAACCCAAACGACCCUUUUCGGAUUGAAAUGACCGAUAUGCUAUUGGAAAAGCUGUACAAUAUCGGUGUGAUACCAUCCAGACAAAGCUUGGCAUUGUGUGAUCAUUUAUCCGUGUCAUCCUUUUGCAGACGUAGGCUUUCAACUGUGGUGGUCCGAUUGAAGUUUGCUGAGCACCUGAAGGAGGCUGUCACAUACAUUGAGCAAGGGCACCUGCGAGUUGGUCCAGAGACUGUUACUGACCCAGCAUUCCUAGUGACAAGGAAUAUGGAAGACUUCGUUACAUGGGUGGAUUCAUCAAAGAUUAGGAGAAAGGUUCUGGAGUACAAUGACAAGUUGGACGAUUAUGAUGCAAUGAACUGAAAUUAAAAGGCUUGUGUGCUAAUUUUAAGGUUCCUUUGUCCCCUUUUGUUGGUGGCUGAAGAGAAGCGAAUUCUUAUCUUGCAUUGUAUAUCAUGUAUCGAACACCUCACAGGGUUUGCUGUUGAGCGCCAAAUGUGGCAUUUUUGUGGCUGAAUACUAUCAACGUUUUUUUAUCUUCAUGUUGAAAUGUAUUUUUUUUUUAAAUUUCCGUAUGAAAACUGUUUUUUAUUGUA